UUUCAUAAUAAUCCCAGUCCACCAAGAAGCCCUCGUUAAUUAAAUGUAGUCGUGAAGAUGUUUAGCAACAGGCACAAUAUCUUUUCCAUGUGAAGAUAAUUUACAGGGGGCAAACGAAGUGUUGCCAUGGGGCACUUUAUACUUACAGCUAUUUGCUGAAAUCUUUUCAUCUCCCCAGGAUUCGUACCACCAAUCAUUUCGCAAACAAUGACAUGCAAGUGUUUGUUGCACGCAUUGCGGUGAACCUCUUCAAGCAAACAUAACCGCCUCAGUACCUGUCGAUAGAGGAAAUGCCUACUUUCAGUAGUCCUUUGCAUUUUUCUAAAGGCCGUGUGAACGAAACGUUGUACUUGCAGUGGACGCGCGUAAUGACACGAGGAAAAAAUGGCGAUUCGUGCAGACAUCGCAUGACACAGGCUCCACAAUGAAGGUUACCAAUCAAUACUUUCUAUGGAUCCGUGUACACAGCUGCUGUCUACCAACGAAGGUGACUGUGCCGUACCGUUGUGUAAUGACUUGACGUCACAUAGCCCUAAUGCAGGUGGUGGAAUUGGUUACAGUGGUGGGUUAAGGUUUGGAUUGUAAGUGACGGAUGAGGAAGAUGCAGAAAGCCUUCCAGGGCUUACAGUCAGAUUGAGUUGAACCUGUAAACCACUAUGCAUUUAUACAAACACUCGGUAGACAGUUUAAUUUGAAAGAGUGUCUGUGCAUCAGCAGUAAAGUGUUGAUGAUGAUGUAAAACAACCGAUGCUCCGGGCUGCCAUUGAAAUAACUUCAAGUGCAUCAAAGUGGUAACGUUCGGCCGCCAAGACGGCGACAUACGGAAUGGGUAGCGGCUCCUCCAAAAAAGCCAAGCAACUGGAGGAAGAAGAGAGAGAAUUUAAGAAGAGGAACAUGCAAAAGGAUAAACUAAACGACGAAGGUGACGAGGAGGUUGGUGAAGAUGGGAAGAGGAGAAAGAAGAAACCUAAAGAUGAUGAGUACCUCAUUCAAACCUUUGCAGGUCACAAAGGGGGAAUAAACUGUAUGAGUAUAAACGAAGAUGGAAAUAUGUUUGUUACUGGUGGUGAAGACAAAACUGCUAUUAUGUGGAACUUGAACACUUUUGAACGGGUCCAUACGUUGAAAGGACAUAAGAGUUACAUCACCUGCGUCCAACUUCUGGAUGAAUUCUGCUACACCGGCUCAUCAGACAAGGCCGUACGGAAAUGGAAUGCCAAGACUGGUAAGUGUGAGUUAGUAAUCGAAGGUCAUGCUGCUCCCAUCAAUAGACUUAUCUGUACUGGCGAUUUUCUCUUCACAAGUUCCUACGAUCGCACUGCUAUGUGUUGGGACCCAGACGACGGUGAACUUCUGCAUAUAUUCCGUGGUCAUCGUCGUGGAGUUACUCCUCUCAUGUACAUUCCAGCCGAAGAUGCUCUCAAGGAUGACGUGAUUGACAUCGAUAGUAACCGAGACAUCUUAGUGACGGGCAGUGCUGAUGGAACAGCUAUGUCCUGGAACAUGGACUCCGGUGAUAGCUUAGUAACUUUCAAGGGACACAAAGGUGGAAUUCUGUGCCUGGCUGCUGAUUCAACCGGUAGUGUCUUAUUUACUGGGAGUGCAGACUGUACAGUCAAGAGCUGGAAUAUCAACACUGGUGAAAUUUUCAAGACGUUUGAAGGACACCAAAGUGCUGUCGUUUGCCUCCAGGUGAUAAACAAAUUGAUGUAUACAGGCAGUUCUGACCAAAGUGCUAAGUGUUGGGUGACGGAAUUCGGCGACUGUACACGUACUUAUCAAGGCCAUAAACACACAGUUAGCGCUGUUCGCUUUCGAGAUGGAUUAGUUUACACGGGAUGCGGUGAUAACCUUGCCAGGGUUUACGAUGCCAAGUCAGGGGCAUUGAAAAGGACGUUUAAAGGUCACGAAUAUUGUAUUAAUGCCAUCAUGAUAUUGCCUCAAAAGAUGCUGACUGCGUCUCAUGAUGGAUCUGUAAAAUUGUGGGAUUGCUCUGGCAUCAAAGAUGAAAUCACAAGCUUUGGAGACGAAGAAGAGGAAAAAGAAAGGAAGAAAAAGGAAAAAGAAGAAAAGAAAAGAGCAAAAGAGCAGAAGAAGAAGGAAAAGAAAGAAAAGGAGAGAUUGGAAAAGGAGAAAAAGAAGAAAGUCUCAAAUCAGAACGACGAGAAGGAGAGUUUGCCUGAGAAGAAUGAUUUCGAAAAAAGUGAAAAAGAUCCGGAAGAGAAGAGAGACAAAGGGAAAGAAGAGGUUGGAAUAGAUGAUGAAAUCUCCAGAGAAAUCGAAAUGAUUAGUAAAGACAUGGAUGACUUUUAACAGGAAGGAGUAGAACAUACACUCACCUAAAUUUGUGUGUGGCAUUAAACACUAAUCAUCUGUAAUUAUACGCAUACACCCAGUCUGCCUUUCUGGCGGUAUGACCCAAUUUAAUAAAAACUGACCAAAUCAAACUCUCCCUUAAAUUUGAGACCUAUGACCAAAGUUGUUAAUUAUAUUUCACAUAGGCUGAGUAGUCUAUUGAACACCACCGCGCUUGCCCACUAUGUCAAUAACUAUAUGUAGGACGUAUAUAAGUUGAUUGAGCUCUGAGUUCGUGUUCGUGUGAGCUAAGUUUGACAGCGAUAAAGUACAUGAUUAAUUGAUAUUGUAACACUUUGAUAUUCGACACAGCUGCACAAUAUUAAUGAUUAAUGGAAGUCUACCCGUUAUACUUGGUUGCACCUCAUGAAUUAGAUUCAAAAAAGAGCAAUAAUCUUGUGUCAUGCGUAGUUACUUGUCAGGUUUUGUGGAUUCGCGUCCGGCAAUGACCGAUGUUUGCUUUAAAAACAAAGACUUGAACUCUCUCGAUAUUACUGCUAUUAAAUAUACUACCGGGCUACCUAAGACACUGAUUAAGAAUGUAUUCACAAGUUAAAGUGUGUUCGUGCUAGGAAGUUCGAUGGAUCAAUAUGUCAAUACCCAGCGUACUGAAGCAUUCUUAUUUCAUUUGAAAGGUUACAUUUUUUAGCCGUUGACUGUCCUUGUUAAAUUAAGUUUGGAUGUCUGCAUGUUCUUGUUCCUCCUCAGAUUUGCAAGUUUUUCAAUUUCUCUUCCCUCGUUUGACAAACGGUUUCUUUGAUGGUUUGCUUUAUUUCAAUUCAGAUAUCUUUUUUUGUAAAUUCAUAUCAUACAAAGUACAGAAACCUGUCUAAGUCUUGUGAAAUUCCAUUUGGCAGUAUUGCACCGAAAGUACUGUGGAAAUUUGUUGUAUUGUUAGACUAACCCGCCAUACCUACAUGUACAUUAUCCUGCAUAGCGUGAAUCCCUCAGGAAAUGAAUGAUGUCAAAACACUGUGUUGCAUUGUAAUGAUACAAAUUACGAUGAAUUCGUCCAUUCUGAUGUAGUAUUUGUUUCUAAUCAUCAGCAGAACAAAGUGAGGCCUUUUUUCCCAUUGUUUUUAUACCAUGUUAAUCUCACAAAUCAUCUAAAUAAUUCAUAGUGAUAAAACUAUCAUAACUAAAAUUAUUAUAUUCUAUAAUGGCAGCGGAACAUGCUACUUUUUAGAGAUUGGGUCGAUAUAAGUGUACUUCAAAAAUUAAUCCUUCAAUCAAUAUGAGUUAUAUCCGUUGCAAGAGAAGGUGUCUCAAUAAUGUUACACCGAUUUCAAUAAGUGCUGCUCAGCAUGUCAAAUACAUCAUCACGUGGGCUCAUUUAUUUAUCAAAUUCUCACUAUACAAAGCCAUAUAUGAAUAAUUGUUCAAAAAUAUUUUUCUUUAUAAACUGCUAUAUAUGUAUAAUAUUUUCUAUAGUUUGUGCCAAAGUAUUUACUCCGUAUUCAAAUAGUAUACGCUGUAUUUUAAUAGUAGAUAUGCAGAAAAAUGGAACUUGUUUACAUAAAAAUUAAAACAGGCGGUCGAUACUGA